GUUUUGCGACAUUUCCGGUCGCUGCUGUGUCGUUUUGCUUUACGAUAGUUGUGACAAACCAGAAGAGUUAUUUCGAAAGUCGGGUGAUGUUUUCAACCUGAAGGCAAACAAGAAAUCAAAUGGCCUGAGAUACAACACCUGGACGGAUAUAAGCUUCAGCAGCUGAAGGAUAUAACAAUAACCACGAUGCGAAAAACAAUAACACAUUUUCUAUAGUUUUCCUCUCAGUACUAGCUACCUAGCUAAGCUAAAUUAGCCAUAAACUAGCCAAGCCAGCUUGUCCGCCUUCAUCCCGGGGAACAACCAUAGAGACAGUCUAUGGGAUGUUUUGAGUGCAAUUCGAUGUGACAUCCUAACAUUUCCCUGGGUGCCUUUUUCACACGCUGACUCAUAGCUGGGCAUCUGUCAUUAACACACAAUGUGGCUACAGCAGAGACUAAAGGGGCUACCGGGCUUGUUAUCCAGCAGCUGGGCAAGAAGACUCCUCAUAGGGCUGCUGCUCUUCCUCAUCUUCUACUGGUACCUGGGAGCGGAACGCAGGUGGAGCUUCUUCAGCGGCUCGGCCAUGCCCGGCGGGGCGGCCGGACAGUGCCUCCUGGCUGAAAUGCACAGGUGGAAAUCUCUCGUAGACAGGGGAGAGGGGAUAUACAGCACACCUCAGGAACAACUGGAUACACCUUUUGUAUCAGGUAACGGCCAUAUUCUUAUUGACAUUGACUCUAACAAGCUGUGGGUAGCGUCGUCUUCACAGCCCGGCUCGGCUCCUGUCCACCAGACUGAAUACUCGCCAAGAGUCAGCGUACAUCUCGAGGGUAAGAGUGCCGAGGCGCAGGCUACCAUGCUGUGGUUCCGGAAAGGAGCCGUGCUGUCGGUCCGCUGUGCUUCACCAGCCGCUCUGCAGUCAGCCCGGGACUGUGUCACCAUCAGAGAAGAGUUUCUCGCGCACAGAAGCAGACCUAACGUCUAUCUACAGCGAAUCCACAUCAACAACCCGUCUGACAGGACUGCAUCCUUGGACGUUUCCUCCAACAACCCCCCCUUCGGUAGCAAGUUCUCCACCAGUGUGGAAAAACUGGAGGAUAGAGAGAUAGUGCUCUCCUCUGGCAGAGUGCCUGUCGAGAACAACCGCAUGGUGCUGGUGGUGGUGGUCACCAAGAAGCUGAGCAGCAGGAUCCAGGUCCCUGCUAAAUUAGAGUACACAGACAACAUCUUGUCAGUGGUGUGGACCUCAGAGCCCAUCGAGCCGUCCAAGCUGGAGGAGACCUUCAGCACCCUCAGAGAUGGAGCCAAAAAGGAGUUGGGGGAGCUGCUGAGGGCCAGUGUGGAAGAGCUGGUGGCAGAUCACCAGCAGGCUUGGAUGGACCUCUUCAUUUCAGGUGUUGAAAUGAGGAAGAUCACAGACUCCCACACACCAUCGAGCCGCACGGUGAACACCACCCUCUACUACAUCCUGUCCUCCUCCACGGCUCCACUGCUAGAUCGAAGGCUGAGUGGCGAGGAGCGUGUUCGGCUAGAGUCCAGCCUCAACUACGCCGACCACUGCUUCAGCGGCCACGCCACCAUGCACGCAGAGAACCUGUGGCCUGAGCGGGUGAGUAGUGCAGCUCAGAUCCUGCAGCUGGUCACGCUGUGGACCCUGACUCUGCAGAAGAGAGGCUGCAAGGUGCUGGUGGCGGCCGGAGCCCAUGGAGCCAUGCAGGCCAUGGCGCUCAGCUUUGGCGGCCUUCAGUUUACAGAGAACCACCUUCAGUUCCAGGCUGAUCCGGACGUGUUGCACAACAGCUACGCCCUGAGAGGGAUCCACUACAACCAGGACCUCAUUAACCUGGCAGUGCUGCUGGACGUAGAGGGGAAGCCUUUUCUUCACGUGUCAGUGAAGCCGCAGGAGAAACCGGUGAAGCUGUACGCCUGCGAGGCCGGCUGCCUCAACGAGCCUGUGGAGCUGACGUCAGAGAUCAAAGGUCACACCUUCCCUGUGAUGGUGACGCAGCCCAUCACACCGCUGCUGUACAUCUCCACAGACCUGCGCCACCUGCAGGAUCUCCGCCACACCUUGCACCUCAAGGCCAUCCUGGCCCACGAGGAGCACAUGGCCAACAGGUACCCUGGCCUGCCCUUCCUCUUCUGGUUCAGUGUGGCCUCACUCAUAACACUAUUCCACCUCUUCCUCUUCAAGCUCAUAUACAACGAGUACUGUGGCCCCGGCGCUAAGCCCCUCUUCAGGAGCAAGGUCGCCCACAAUAGUGAGGAUGGCAGCUGUGACACCAGGAAUGCUGCUUGAACACUACAGUGCUAUGCACGCAUUCAACAUGUGGUAUUGGCUCUGCUUGACCUUUGACAGCAUGGGAGAUAUUAAGGGUAUGCUGGUACUGAAUUCCAUCGUCUUAUUAUUUUUUCAUCUAAGUUAAGUGAUUAUCAUGAAGAGACAUGCAGCAAGAGAGAUAACUAUCCUGUAUGAGUGAUGCCACCCAAAGAUCUGCUGUGAGGUUGUAGAGGCAUGCAGGGUAAAACUGGGCAUCUCUGUCACUGUAACUAACCAUUAGUCACUUGAUUGUUCUGCUCAUUAUUUUCUUGAUUAAUGUCACAAUAAUGUCUAUAAAAUGUUACAAAUCAUCACAAAUGCCCGUCACAGGAUUACAUAUUGUAAUGACUUCCCAAAACCUGAAGAUAUUCAGUUCAUGCAAGGUAAAAUUAAAUAGAAAUUGUGGAGAAUGUUUUGCAUUUUUAAUGUUGAAGGAAUCAUUUAAACUAUCAAGACUAUUUCAAGAUGUGGCAGAAUUCCCUAUUUACCUCUGAUCCCACAGGAAACUAGAAAUCAACCAGAGUAAUUUGCUUUCCUAUAAAAGCCAGUGAAACUUUGUUAUUGCACUCCGAUAACAUUAUGGACAGUUAAUCAUUAAAAAUAGACAAAAAAUGGAUGCAUCAGAACCAUGUUGCAGCAGCAGCUACUGGAUCCUGCAUUAUCAGACUUCACACAGCUCCCUCUGGAGACAAUUCUUACCUCUGCACACCAGACCGAUUACUGUGUAAAGUGGCUGCUGUCAGCUGAUCUGACAACUGACACUUUGUUUAAAGCACCUUUAGUUCCUGGGUGGUGGUGAAAAACAACAAAAAUCAAAUCAGAAAUUCUCAAUUCCUACUUUAAAGGUGCAAUGUAGCUUUAAAGGAGCAAUGUGUACAAAAUGGCCAGAACUUUAGAACUUUAGUGUAAAACACUCAAAAGAUGAACUGAAAUUAUCAAUAAUGUGAAGAAGAAUAAGACAUUGUGUUUCAGAGAUGUCAGCCAUAAUAUUUACUUUGGCAAUUUACUUUCUGCUAUUGCGUCACUUAUCAGUAAAUCUUCCACGUACAAACAGCCUUGGAACAACUCUCUGCUGGAGGGAGCGGGGCAGUGCGACUUUGAAACAGCUGCUCAAUCGGCCAUGGUUUUGUUGCAACUUUGGAUUCAUCUCUAUACAUUUGACCAUUUGUUUUAUCAGUUACACACCAAAGUCAUUUCUUAGAUAUGCGAACAGUGAGAGAUCACUUAGAAGUCUGAUCGGUCAGGAAAGCUUUCAACAAUAGUCAAACUUAUUUGAAAGAGAAAUUGGAAAGCGAAGAAUAAAAGUAUUACCCUUUCGUUGAAAACAUCCGUCAAAGUUUACAGACCAAAUUUCUACUUCAUAUUUGACCUACUGGACUGACUAGUUGUGUGCACUUGCAGGUGUCCUGAGUAACAGGUGUGUGUGAAAAAAAAAAAAAAAAGGUUGCUCAUCUGCUGCUUUGUUAAAAACGUAAGGUAAAUGGCAAUUAUUAAUGGCUGCCA